GUGAAAGCCGCUAAUGAUCGCAAUUCUGCAGAACGAGAGUGGUCGUGUAUUAGGAACAGUUGGUUGGUCUUGACAUGAAGUUUGAUAUCUUUCUUCAUGGUUUCAUAUUUAUAAACAUUUCUCUGUACAUGAAUAUUUAUAAAUGCAUCUACUACAUCUUCAGUAAUUAGGCUGCGCUUGACUAUGAUUUAUAUUCAUUUUUUAAACUUAAGUUUGCAAGCUAAAUGAUAUGCUUUAACAUUUGCAAAAAUUUUAUAGGAAAAAUAUUCUUUACUCGUAAUUAUACAAAAUGAACGGUGAUCCCGGUAUUAUUUGUUAUCAGCAUCGGAAGAAUGAAUCAAAAGUAUUUUCUUUUGUUUUCUCUGAUGUGUGCAAAAUUUGUGAGGCUGAUCUUACUGAAGAAGAACUUUUUAUCCCUCCAUUUAGAAUUCCGUACCCGUUUAGAUGUGCUUGUCGAGAACCUAAUGCUAUAGUAAUCAAACCAACUGAGGGAGAUUUUUUAAACAAUUACGCGAAUUCCAGCAAUUUACAUAUUGGAAUUACUGAUUCUAAAGGAAAUGUCUAUGAAUAUGACUAUUCUGGUAUAAGUCAGAAUAAUGGUGACAGUUGGUCUCAAUGUUUUCCAAUAAAGAUUUUCAACUCAAAAUCAUCAUGCUUACCUUCAGAGUGGGACAAAACUUUAGAUAACAUGCAAAUGCAAAAGUGUUGGUCAGCUGAAAGCUUGGACCAAGGGCCUCUGCCGCAUCACCGCCCACUGGCCUGUGCAGGCAGCGCGGCUGCUCCGGUCCUGAGCUAUCCGCUUCUCCUGGUCGGAGGCGUCCAUGUACUACACACACGCAUGCUCACACACAUACACUCACACAUGCCAACGUGCAUACACGCAGGUACAAUGAAGAAAGCUACAAUUGUUACAGUUUUGUUUUGAGUUUUCUGAAAGCUCUGGACUUACAAGAGUUGCAUCCUUACAUCCAGAAUAAAACAACUUUUUGUGAAUAUUUUGUUGCACCUCAAACUUGCAUUGCUGCCAAAUAUAUUAGCUUGUAUAGACAGUUACAAAAUGAGGGAUAUAUUGUACA